CACUCAGGUUGUAUCGGGCAUGAUGGAAUUUGCCGUGGGGAAACCCAGUGAUGAUAGCGGAACCCGCCCGCGUGUGAAUUCCCAUGGCUCUGGCAGCUGCUUUAUAAGCAGGUGGAGAAGUGUUGAGGCUGGCAGCACAGGCAGGCAGCGAAGGAGCACUCACUGGAGCACAGCUGCUGCUUAGAAUGAAAAUGUCUGGUCUCCGCACCAAGAGUUUGAUUUUGGCUUCUCUGCUGGGGCUGCUGCUGCUGUGCAGUACCUCCCAGGCACAAAGCAACCAAGAUUGCUGUCUGUCUUACACCAAAGCCCGUCUGCCUCGGAAGGUCAUUAAGGGCUUUAGUGAACAGCUCUCUGGUGAAGUCUGCGAUAUUGAUGCCAUCAUUUUCCACACCAACAGGGGACUGAAAGCCUGCGUAAAUCCUAAGGAAGACUGGGUGAAGAAGCAUCUUCUUUUCCUGAGCCAGAAGCUCAAGAAGAUGUCAAUGUGAUACAGUUUCCAGCAGGGAACUAAACGCAGACGUGGCUGAAGAACCACUCGGUUCAACCUCUUGGUUGAGGUUGUCAUGUUGUACACUGUUGUGUGCUUACUCACUGCUAUCUCUGGCUUCUUUGGAACCGUUGAACUUCUGGAGUUGAUUCAUAUUGCAUCGCUGUUUUGCUUGAAUUAAGCAUUUUGUUGAAGUUUCUAGGUUUACUAAUAUGACACGAGUACUAUUUAGUAAAAACUUCAUUAAGCUAUUGUACAGAGCAUGAACUGUAUUAGGCUUAUUGCAUAGUACUAUUGUGUUGCUCGGCAUUUGUAAAUCUUUGUAAAGGUUAUUUAUUCUGUUUAUUUUUUUACUUCUUGGCACUAUCUUGUGCCAGAAUUUUCCUUUUAACUGGAGUUAGCAUUAUAAUAAUUUUUAGGCUAUUGUUUGAAAAAGUUCUUGUGGGAAAAAUAAAAUGGAAACUGGAGCUAAAAAUAAAUGUUAAAAACUGCA